UUGAACGAUCUUGGGUUGAACGGUAAGGAGAGCAACGGUGCUUCCUCCAACGGAGGCAGCAGCGGAAGCGUUUACGUCCUCGCCGAGACCAGCAAGCCCGCGCCCUCGAGCGGUGGCCGCUGGCCCGCCGACGAUCGACGCGACGACAGGGGCGACUUCAGCAGGGGCGGCGGAGAAGUAGGCGGCAGCAGGAGAGGCGGCGGAGACUUCGGUCGCCCCGCAUCGCGCGGCAACGACCGCUGGGCCGAUGACCGCUUCGACGGUCCGGCGCGCGGCGGCGGCAAGGCCCGUGGGCCGCACGACCACAACCCCUUUGUAGAGAAGGGCGAUGACAACAUGAAUGCGGGCAUCAACUUCGACAAGUACGACGACAUCCCGGUCGACGCCACCGGUAACGAUUGCCCCACCCCGCUCGAUAGCAAGUUCUCCGAUGGGGACCUGCUCGAUCCGAUUGUGAUGCGCAACAUCGAGCUCUCGGGCUACGACAAGCCCACCCCGGUCCAGAAGUACGCCAUCCCCAUCGUGGGCCAGGGCCGCGACCUCAUGGCCUGCGCCCAGACGGGCUCGGGCAAGACGGCGGCCUUCCUGCUGCCCAUCAUCUCGGCCCUCCACAAGAAUCCGCCCGCCAGCGGCUACGGCCGCGGCGGCUUUGGCGGCGAUCGCGGCGGCGGCUACUCGCGUCGGCCCAUGGCGCAGCCGCAUGCGCUCGUGCUGGCGCCCACCCGCGAGCUGGCGUCGCAGAUCUACAAGGAGGCCUGCAAGUUUUCCUACUACGGGCCGCUCCGCGCCGCGGUGGUGUACGGCGGCGCCGACAUCUACCAGCAGCUCCGCGAGAUCGAGCGCGGUGUCGAGAUCCUGGUGGCCACGCCCGGUCGCCUGGUGGAUCUGAUGGAGCGGGCCCGCGUGUCGCUGGCCAACAUCCGCUACCUCAUUCUGGACGAGGCCGAUCGCAUGCUGGACAUGGGCUUCGAGCCGCAGAUUCGGCGCAUCGUCGAGCAGGAGGACAUGCCCCGCACCGAGGACCGGCAGACGUUGCUCUUCUCGGCCACCUUCCCGGUCGAGAUCCAGCGCCUGGCGUCGGACUUCCUCAACGACUGGAUCUUCUUGCGCGUGGGCCGCGUCGGCUCGACGACGGACUUUAUCAGCCAGAAGCUCAUGUACGUCGAGGACCGCGACAAGACCAACGCCGUCCUCGAGCUCCUCGCCGAGGUGCGCGGCCUCACGCUCAUCUUCGUCCAGACCAAGCGCGGCGCCGACCAGCUCGAGAACUUCCUCUACCGCGAGGGCUUCCCCGUGGCCUCGAUCCACGGCGACCGCACCCAGCGCGAGCGCGAGGCCGCCCUCACCUCCUUCCGCUCCGGCCGCACCCCUAUCCUCGUCGCCACCGACGUCGCCGCCCGCGGCCUCGACAUCCCCAACGUGCUCCACGUCAUCAACUACGACCUGCCCACCAACAUCGACGACUACGUCCACCGCAUCGGCCGUACCGGACGCGCCGGCAACACCGGCCUCACCACCGCCUUCGUCUCCGAGCGCGACGCCAACAUCCUCCCCGACCUCCUCGACAUCCUCCGCGAGGCCGAGCAGGAGGUGCCCGAGUGGUUCGACCAGCUCGUCUACGCCACCGGCCGCGGCGGCGGCGGACGUUCCCGUGGCGGCGGCCGUUCCCGCGGCGGCGGCUCUCGCUUCGGCGGUUCCGACUUCCGUCGUGGCGGCGGCGGUGGCUACGGAUCUCGUGGCGGUCGCGACUUCCCGACUCGCCAGUCGCACUCCUCGUCCAGCGCUUGGGACUGA